AGUGUGCCGCAGGAACAACCUGGACUUGCUGGUGUCGGUCACAUGACCGUGUGUGGGCGGGGCUCGUAAGCGUUCCUUGGUGCGCCCGUGAUCUGGUGCGGGACCUCCCAUAGAGAGGAUGCCACAGUCAACAGUGAAAGCAGACCUAUGCAGUUUAAUAUCCCAAGGAUCUGCAUGUGGCAUGGCUUUUCCACAUGGAAUCCAUUUCAGGAAGUAACCCUGAACACCCCCAUCCCUCUUCACUCAAAUGGUUGCCUGAACUUUGGCCUUUUCUGGAAGAUUUUAAAUUAAAUAUUCCAGUUUUCUAGUUUGCUGUAUCAGUGUGGAACCAUGGCAGAUACUGAAAGCUGUCCUCUUCAUUUCCCUGCUCUAGAAGAUAUUGUUGGUGUUCUGGAACGUGGAUUGAAAAAGAAUUAUGCAGAAGUUGCUGUGAAGGUUGUGGAUUGCCCUGAUCUUACACAGGAUCCCUUUGGAUUCCCUGUAAAAGGUUUAUGUGGCAAGUCAAGGAUUGCAGAUGUUGGAGGUGUUCCAUACUUGGUUCCCACUGCACGCCCCGAUAAGGUUUAUAACAUUAACACUGUCGCAAAGAAGAUUGAUCUACCUGGAGCCUACUUACUAGGUGCUGGAGCAUGUUCUCAUGAAAAAGUGGGGAUGAAUGCGGAGAUGAUAUUUUCCAUAAAGUCAGAGAGCCCAACUUCACCUGCUAUAAAUGGCAACUACUUGGCCAGCGUCAACCCGGCAGAUAACAGCUGUCUUUUGGAGAAAUACAGGGAAAAGCACAGUGAUCAUGAUUUUGGGCUUCUAUCAAAUCUGUAUGCUAGUGAGGGGAACCCAGGAAAGGUCAUUGAAGUCAAGGUAAAGAGACGCACUGGUAAAGACAACUUUGUGAGCUGCAUGAGAAAAACUUUAAAGGACCAUUAUGGAGACAAAUCUGUUGGCAUGGGAGGGUCAUUCAUUAUACAAGAGGGGAAAGCAAAACUCCAUGUAAUGCCUCGUGAAUUCUCUGCCUGCCCCUUAAACACGGAUGAAGAUGUAGAUCGCUGGUUGAAGUUUUAUGAAAUGAAGGCUCCUCUCAUUUGUCAGUCGGUGUUUGUUUCUCAUGACCCUGGGUUUGACUUACGUCUUGAACAUACCCAUUGCUUCAGUCACCAUGGUGAAGGAGGACACUACCAUUAUGACACAACACCAGAUUCUGUGCAAUACCUUGGAUAUUUUCAUCCAGCAGAGUAUCUCUACCGCAUUGACAAACCUCUUGUUACACACAUGGUUGGACGGGAUUAGGGAGAUGUCAAGUUUUAGGGGUUGUCUGGCAGGAUAAAAAUAAAAUAAGAUUAACUAGGUAAAAACAACAAAAAAAAACAGUACUCACCUCAGAUUCACUGCCAUUCUGAUGGUGCCCAAUUCCUGCUGAUUUAUACUUUUGGUUCCCACCUCAGCACAGGAAAUACCUGUUCAGAGACUUAAAGGGGUACUCCACUGGAAAACAUUUCUUUAUUAAUUUUUAUCAACUAGUGCCAAAAAGUUAAACAGAUUUGUAAAUGACUUUCAUUUAAAAAUGUUAAUCCUUCCAGUACUUAUCAGCUGCUGUAUACUACAGAGGAAGUUCUUUUCUUUUUGAAUUUCCUUUCUGUCUGACCACAGUACUCUCUGCUGACACCUCUCUCCAUUUUAGGAACUGUCCAGGGCAAAUCCCCAUAGCAAACCUAUCCUGCUCUGGACAGUUCCUAAAAUGGACAGAGGUGUCAGCAGAGAGUACUGUGGUCAGACAGAAAGGAAAUUCAAAAAGAAAAGAACUUCCUAUGGCACAUAUGGCAGCUGAUAAGUACUGGAAGGAUUAUUUUUUAUAGAAGUAAUUUACAAAUCUGUUACUUUCUGGCACCAGUUGAUUUAAAAAAUAAAAAGUUUUCCAGUGGAGUACCCCUUUAAUCCAAUUUGUCCUCCUUUCUUAUUUGUUUUAUGUUAUUCCACCGGGCAACCCCUUAGAAGAAAUAAUGACAGAGAAAUAAGAUGUCUAAAUCAGGUUUUUGACAAAUUGCAUUGAAGGGUCCUGUGGUCAGUAUUUAAAAAAUAAUAAUUUUGUAGCAUCGGUUGCACUGAUUCCAAUACUGUUUUUAUUUUGUUCCUACACCUCUCCAUUCCUGAGAUUAUAGG